GUUAGUCGCGCCAGUGGACGCGGAUGGGUUUCUCUCUCUCUCUCCAAUUCGCCACCAAGUCAAGUGCCUCGAACAACCGAGUCAGCUCAGUUCACCCCUUCAACUCCGGCAACAUUUCCACUCAGACAAUUCGUCAUACACAAUCUUCCUCCCUUUCAAUUCCACACGGUGGACUGAAAUUCACAACCUUCCGGUGGCUCUAACGAUCGCGACUCUUCGCCUCUUUUCAUAAGAUGUCGAGGAUGUUCGGUGGAGGAGGUAGCCGCGGCGGCGGCGGCAGAUUCAACCAGAAGAUCGAUUACGUGCUCAAAGUGGUUCUGAUCGGAGACUCAGCCGUCGGCAAGUCGCAGCUCUUGGCGCGCUUUGCCAGGAACGACUUCAGCGUCGACUCCAAGUCCACCAUAGGAGUUGAGUUCCAGACUCGGACUGUAGUCAUCGAUCAGAAGAGCGUCAAGGCUCAGAUUUGGGACACCGCCGGCCAAGAAAGGUAUUGAGCAGUGACGAGUGCAUACUACAGGGGU